UAAUUGUAGAGAUUUUAUAUUAAUUGUUUUCGUAAUUACUUCAGCUGUAUAGGUAUAAUUUUUAUCUUGUGUUCCUUACUAUUAUAGAUUAAUUGUUGCCGGCUCUUUCUAUCUCUCUCUCUCUCUCUUUUUAUAGAAUCCAUUGAUAUUUUGAAGUCGAUAAACCAGCGUGACUUCUGGGUCACGUGACAUCCGGAAAGAGACUUAUCUGUGUGGUUCUGUCAAAGUUAUCCAUCUCUUUCUGUAACAUAAAAUAUUAGCUUUCAAUUGAUAAGGAGAGAUAGUGGAAUAUAUUGAUAUAAGCUGUGAAAAAGAAAUUCAAUGCAAUAUGACAAGGACAGCACAAACUCAACUUGGCUAUCAUUAUUCUUCGUUCCCUCCUAAUGAGUCAUACUGAUUAUUUAUAUUGGAAUAUGGAAUAUCAUAUAUGUUGUCUUCUGAGUUUAAAGUUCAGUUCAGUAUCUCUUUCAGUACGGAUCGAUCAGAAAGUUUACAUAUCUUAUGUCAGAUAAGUUUAUCUUACUGUCAAUGACAGCUAAAUACUUAUAAUAUGAUCUCUAGAUGAAUGUUUAUUAUUUUAUAUCAACAUUAUUAUUAUUAUUUUAAAGUAUCAAUUGUUAUAUUGAAUUGUUUUCAAAUAAUUGCAACGGUGCAGUUUAUAGGUUAAAUUUUUGUUGCACUGAUAUAAUUUAAAUUAUAUACCUCACAAAAAAAAGUUAUUUAAUUAAUACAAGUUAUUGAAUCAAAAUACAAGAUGUUUCUACAGAGAUUCUAUCGUGUUAUGAACUAUAGAAUUUUACAAAGAAUUCUACAUAAAAAUAUUUAUGCAGUGUAUAAGGGAGGAAAUGGUAUGCAAGCUGUCAGAAAGUUUUGGGUAACAUCGCCAUUCAUCACAAUGGGAAUGUGGGGAUUCAUAAAAAGUAAAGAUGAAUCUGAAACACAAAUUACAUCGAAAGAAGUUCUUCUUGCCAAAGUGGAUGCACUUUUUGAUCAAGGAGACUAUAAAAGCAUAUAUAAUCUUUUGUCAAAUUAUAAGGAUAGUAAGGAUGUUGACAUCUUGUGGCGUUUGUGUAGAGCCAUUUAUAAGAUGUCUGAAAUGGCCAGUGACGUGGAAUCUCGAAAGUUGAUUUACGAAGGAUAUGAUUUGAUAUGUAUAGCUCUUGAUAUUCAAGAAGAUCAUUAUGCUGUUCAUAAAUGGAUGUCUAUAUUCCUUAACAGUAAGGGCACCUUAGAAGGCACAAAAGCACAUAUUAAAGAAUUGUACAACAUUAAAAAACAUUUGCUGAGAGCAUCAGAAUUAAAAUCUACUGACGCAACAAUCCUUUAUAUGCUUGGAUGUUGGUGUUAUGAGAUUUCAAAUUUAGCAUGGUAUCAACGAAAGAUAGCGUCUAUUAUAUUUGAAGAGCCACCAACUUCAUCCUUUGAAGAAGCAUUGAUGUAUCAUGAGAAAGCCGAAAAAGUUGAUCCAAACUUUUACAGUCAUAAUUUACUAAUGUUAGGAAAAACAUAUCUGAAAUUGAAUCGUAAGGAAGAUGCAAUCAAAUAUUUGAAGAAGGCAGCUGAAUUUUCUGCGGAAAAUGAUGACGAUCAAAAAGCGAAACAGGAAGCGCAGAAAAUAUUGAACAGUAUUUAAAAACAUAGAGGAUACAGAUAAAUAUGUGAGAGAUUGAAUUUUUUCGAGACUAAAAAUCAUGUGGAAUAAUCAUUAAUUAUUCCUGGAGAGGAGAAGAAAUAAUCUUAGUCUAUAAAUUAUUUGUAUUUGUUCGAAGAAGUACGGCGUUGGACACAAAACGGAUUAUUUUAUAUGGAAGAUCUAAAAAAUCGAGUUAUUUUCAUCGACUGGACACUGGGCGGCCGCACGUAUAUUAAUUUAUCGGAAUCUGGACAGCAGAUGAAUUUAUCGCCGGAAUUUGGACAGCAAUGUGUUAAACGAUUAUCAUUGAAGCCGCCACGAGACAGAUACAUAGGAAAAAAAGAUAUUUGCGUUUCAUAUUUUGAAAUAUCGGAUCGACUUUAUAAAUUAUGAAAAUUACUUACAAUUUUUGCGUGAUAUUCCGCGCUCAGCAAACAGAUAAGAAACGAUAAAAAUAUAUAUUUCCUUUGUUUAAAAACGUGAUUUCCAGUAACUUCCAGUAACUACCGAUACAUAUAACUUUUCCUUUAUACAUUUUCUCUAAUGAGAAAAACCCAGUAUAUCUUUAACAAACAACAAACAGUUCGUCUCGUGCAAAAAAUAUUAGGUAAACAGAUAAAAAAAAAUAAUGUCACAUGAUAUAGACUCGAAAACGCUAUACUUUAUUUACCAGCAAAUAGAUGAACACAUUACAUACACGAAUAUAAUUUAUCAUAUCGUGUGCGUAUGUGAUUUUAAUAAAUAAUAAUUUAGAAAUAUAUUCCUAUUAUAUAAAGUAUAUAUUUCGAGAGCUUAAAAGAUACUGUGAAAGGGAGAUUCGCCUUUUAAUAUUUAUUUAGAGAGAACAGUUAUAUCUAUUAUACUUUUACGCUACAAUUUUAAAAGAACGUAUUCGUAAACUACUUAUAUAAACUAUGUAUCCUUGAUUGAAUCAUAUUCGCACAUCGAUGUACAACGAAUAUAGUGUUUAAAUAUACUUAUUAUUUACUA